UAGGCAAAAUGUUUCUUCACCAUUCACUAAACAAUUGAGAUGAUUGGGAAGUCUAUCGCUUCCUCUAUAUAUACAGAACAACAUAUACCAAUGGUAACAGAAAAUACUUGGUCUAGCUUUCCCUAGCUCUUUGGAUUCUUUGAGAUCUUUAAUUUCUCUUGUUCUUGUUUUUCUAAAGAUCCUCAUCCAUACAAAGCCAUGGGUAUCCGUUUGCCUGGGAUGAUUCAUGCUAAGCAAAUCCUCCGACGAUCUCUUUCGGUUGCAAACCAGUUGGCUACCACAGCUACUGAUGUUCCUAAAGGUCACUUAGCAGUCUAUGUGGGGGAGACACAGAAGAAGCGAUUUGUGGUUCCAGUCUCCUACUUGAACCAGCCGUUAUUUCAAGACUUACUAAGUCAGGCUGAAGAAGAGUUCGGUUUUGAUCAUCCCAUGGGUGGUCUUACAAUUCCAUGCAAAGAAGACACCUUUGUCGAUCUCACUUCUCGUUUGAAUGGUCUGUGCAUGAGAAAAUAGGAAACCAGGAUGUUAGUAAAUGAGGGAGAGGCCCAUUUCAUGUAUAUAUCUAUACUUCUUUUUGAGAGGGUGAGGAAUGCAGCCUUGAAAGUAAGAGAGAAAUAUUUGUAAUUAAACUAAUUGAGUGAAAGAGGAAAUUCUUUGUAAACAGAAAGGAGUAAAGAAGAGAGCUUGUAAUCCUAUUCUCAAUUUCUAAUGAAGUCACUCUCAUUUCUCCA